AUGGCAGAGGCGCCUGCGAAUGCCCCCGGCGCCCGGAAGGUGCUGGCCGAUGAGGUGGCGGCGCCCUUCCGGGAAGAGAUCCGCGAGGCCGUGGCCACCAUGGGGGGCGUCGGCCCCAAGCUGGUGGGCUUCCUGGCGAACACGGACCCCGCCGCCAAGAAGUAUGCUGAGUGGACGGGGAAGGCCAUGAGUGCGGACAACCUUCGCUUCGAGCUUAGAGAGGUGCAGGAAUCCAACCUCGAGGAAGAGCUCGAGAAGGCCAACAAAGAGGUCGGUGUGGAUGGCAUCAUGAUCUACUACCCGGUCUUCGGGCAGAGACCCAGCUUCCACGGCGGCUCUCAUGAUGACUACCUCCGCGACACGGUGUCGCCCUACAAGGAUGCCGAAGGCUUGAACCACUUCUACCGCCGGGCGCUCUACCAGAACAAGCGCUACGUGGACUCUGAGAGCACGAAGAAGUGCGUGCUGCCAUGCACUCCACUGGCCGUUGUGAAGACCUUGGAGCAUUUGCAGGUCUACGACCCUUCCUUGCCCGUGGGUGAGCGCAUGACGGGGAAGACGGCCGUGGUGGUGAACAGGUCCGAGGUGGUGGGACGACCCGUGGCGGCCAUGCUGGCGAAUGACGGUGCAAAGGUCUGGAGUGUAGACAUCGAUUCCGUGUACAUCUUCAUGCGUGGGAAGCUCGUCCUGCCAGCUGAAAGCAUCACCACUGAGGCUGCGGUGAAGGAGGCGGAUAUCGUGAUUUUGGGAGUGCCCAGCGAGAAGUACAAGAUGGAUCCCUCCUGGAUCAAGGAGGGCGCCGUGGUCAUCAACGUGGCCACCAGUAAGAACAUCGAUGAGAAAGCCCUCCUGUCCACACGACCUGGGGUCAGGUAUGUUGGCCAAGUUGGCAAGGUCACCGUCGCCAUGCUGGAGAGAAACUUGUUGAGACUUCACAAGAACUUCAACGACAAGGUCAAAGAAGGCAAAGGCGGCGAUUUCUACCUCUCGUGA